GGAACAACACGUCAUUAAUGAAACUCUUUAGUGUUUGAAAAACACAAAUGCUUAUUCGGCGAAAUCUUAGUCGGUCCUGUGUUUUAAGAUAGGAUUCCUAAACUACGACGUAUAAGUUUUUAUUUGACGAAGAUUAUACACUCAGACGACAGUAUUGAACUUUUAUUUACACACUAUUUUAUGAAAAAUGGAUAAUGCAGAGAAGAAUAGUGAAAGAUUAGAAGGCGCUGGAGAUGUAAAUGAUGCGUCAACAGAGGAAGAAGUGGAAACGAAACCACAAAGAUUGUCUGUUAUGAGCUUUAUCACCACAGAAUUGACCAGAGGAUAUCUUUUAGAGAGGGACAAGGCAAAAUUCUCUGAAAGAAGACAGAGAGUAUACACAUUCAUGAAAACUCCAAGAGAACUUGAAAAGUUCUUGGUGUAUGGAUUUUUCCAGUGUUUAGAUGCAUUCCUCUUCUAUUUCACAUUCCUCCCAGUAAGAAUUGUAUUGGCAUUCCUGAAGAUUUUAACUCAUCCUUGUGGAGUUUUCAUACCAAGCAGGUACGAGUUUCUGGAGCCUGCCCAGAUCUGUGACAUUCUAAAGGGAGUGAUUCUAGUGUUCUGUUUCCUGAUUGUGAAUUAUAUUGACACUUCUAUGAUGUAUCACCUUGUCAGGGGACAGGCAGUCAUCAAGCUUUAUGUCUUCUACAACAUGCUUGAUAUGGCUGACAAAUUGUUCUCCAGUUUUGGACAAGACAUCCUAGACUCUUUAUUUUGGACAGCAACUGAGCCAAAGGAUAGAAAGAGGGAGCAUAUUGGAGUCCUCCCCCAUUUGGUGAUAGCGAUUGUUUAUGUUGUUAUCCACACCAUGUUGAUUCUGUUCCAAGCUACAGUGCUGUUAGUGGCCUUCAAUUCUCACAACAAAGCAUUGCUAACAGUCAUGAUGUCCAAUAAUUUUGUGGAAAUUAAAGGUAGUCUCUUUAAGAAGAUAGACAAAGGAUUCUUGUACCAUAUUUCCUGCAGUGAUGUGAAGGAAAGAUUUUUGUAUAUUGUACUUCUAGCCAUAGUGUUCAUUAGAAAUAUGACAGAGUUUUCCUGGGAUCCUCAACAUGUGUGGGUCAUACUACCUGAUGCUAUGUUGGUGUUUGUAGCAGAGAUCAUGGUUGAUUGGGUGAAACAUGCAUUCAUUCUCAAGUUUAAUGAAAUAUCGGCAGAUGUAUAUCACUCCUUCUCCAUCAGUCUGGCAGAGGAUAUGGUGGCCAAUAGGGAGAGCAGGGCAUUUAUUGACUACUCAGACUUGGUGUCCAGGAGGAUGGGCUUUACACCAAUACCACUGGCUGUUUUACUCCUAAGAAUUUGUACAAAGUCAUUCAAAGUGUCUGGAUACACAGGAGCAGGCAUUCUAAUUCUGCUCUAUCUAUGUUUGAUGACAUUUAAAGUGUUUAACAGCAUUGUGCUACUGGGCAAGGCCUACACACUCAUCGACGAAAAGAAAGAGAUGGAGAAAGAGGCAAACUACAAAAAGUUUGACAAGCAAGACUAUAUCAUUGAUCAAAAUUCUCUUGAUAAGUUUGAGCAAGUGUUUCAAAAGUCUCCUAUUAGAGGAAGGGCCCCCCAGGAUGCGGAGUCAAAUUUAUCUCAAUCAAUUCCAAAUAUACACAAAAAGUGUGCAGAGACAGAGCUGAGAAAAACUGAGUCUGUGAUGGAGUUAUCUGUGUCAAGACAGAAGAAAUUAGAAAUUCAUUCAGACAUUUUAGAGGAAAAACAUGAAAGUUGUUCUGAUAAUGAUCUCUUUAAGAUGUCAACUCCAAAGGAGCAAUAUCUGGAACCAGGGGUUGAAGAAGUAUUGGGACACAUCAAGACUCAAUCUGUUACGAAGAGGACAAGUGCUCAAAGUACAGAUGGUAAUGAGGCAGGUCAUUCCUCAGAGGAUUGCAUCUCCUCCAUAACAUCCACUACCAUAAGGAGGAGAUUAACCAGUACUGAGAGCACAGUAUGAGUUUACUCGACAUUGUAAAUCAAGAGGGAAUUUAUUUGCCAAACUAUUUAUUGACUCUUCAAACAAGUAUUUGCUGGUUCGCUGACUUGGGUCAUAUUUUGAUGGUAUAUUUGUACCAUUUUUUUUUUAAUACUUCCUACAUGUAACAUUGUUAUUUUUUUCAUAUUUUUCAAAAUAAUCGAAUCUGAUUAGUUGAAACUUUUUGAAAAAACACUUCCCUACAUGAGUAAAAACCAUACCCUCAAGGACGAUAUUGUCUAGGAACAGGAAAAAUUACUUGAUAAGUAAAACUGUACAUGCAACAUUACAAAAAAUAUCAUGCAUUUAAAUUAUGUGUGAACAGUUCACUAUAAUCUUCAGUAUGGUGUCAUUUGAGAAGAUCAAAUACCACUUUGUUCUAUUUGAUCUAAUAAGAUAUUAUUCAAGGAAGGAAAAAGUAUUUACAUAUAUUUUUUUCAAUUUCAAUUGUUACCUUCAAAUAUGUGCCGCAGUGCGCUAUCCUUAGAGUGCUAACUGCAAUAAAGCUACUACAUGUAGCACCCAAGUCAAAAAGUUUGGAUGGGCUACUGGGUGAAUCCCCUGCAGUAUUCUGUCCAAAUUGACACACUAGGAAGCUACAGUUUUCUAACUAGACUCCUGCCAGUGAGAAAUCCAUUUCAUAUCACCUGAAAACUAAGUUUAAUUUUCUGGACCCAGCUGUUAAGAGUAUGUUACAUGAGAUUAUUAAUAUCCGGGUCCUGUGCAUCAGCUUAUUCUGCAUAUAAAGUAAAUUUUUCUAGGAAUUCAUCAGUUAAAAUUCUUUUUAUGCAUACAGUAAGCUAUUUGUGUACUUGUACAUCUUUUUUGGUGCAAUUAAUUGUUGUAUAAAGUUCAAUUUGGAUUAAAACUUUGUAAAAUG